AGCUCGGCUUCGCGCACAAAGGGCGCCGGCUCGUGUCUCGCACGGAGGUUUGCUCCUUUCUCAGGUGUCCGUCGAGCCCGCGGGUUCCGCCGCCGGCACUUUUUCGGGGUGAUGCGUGGCCGGCUUGCGGACGCUAUUUGGGCGAGAUUUCAUGGCCGUUCCGAGCCAGUAGGACGGAGCAUCCGAACCUCGAGAGAAAGGUUAAAGGCCUGGGUUUAUUGAUCCCACUCUAUUGUACACCUUCCAGAAGGAGACUAAAUGCAACAAGCUCAGGCUCACUGUUGGCAUGAAGUGGUUGGGAGAAUCCAAGAACAUGGUAGUAAAUGGCAGGAGACCUGGAAGCAGGUUUUCCAGUGAGCAUAAUCAAAACCAGUCAAGGUUUACAGGCUCACAGAGGACACCUGUAAAGCACAGCAAAAAUUCUCCAAGCAGCAGGAGAUGUAGUAAACGUUUUGGCAGUACAGGCCUUGAAGCAGAAAGGCGAUAUGUACCUUCUUCUGGAAUGACUGCCAAAGAGCUCUGUGAAAAUGAUGAUCUGGCAACCAGUUUGAUUCUUGAUCCUUAUUUAGGUUUUCAGACCCAUAAAAUGAACACCAGGUUUCGUCCCAUUAAAGGAAGACAAGAAGAACUGAAGGAAGUCAUAGAAUAUUUUAAGAAGCAUGACAGCUUAGAGAAAGCUUUUGAUGCACUAACGUCUGGAGACUGGGCUCGACACUAUUUCCUCAAUAAAACCAAGAUCCAGGAAAAACUGUUCAAAGAGCAUGUGUUCAUUUAUUUACGAAUGUUUGCCACUGACAGUGGAUUUGAAAUUCUGCCCUGCAAUCGAUAUUCAUCAGAAAGCAAUGGAGCAAAAAUUGUUGCAACAAAAGAAUGGAAGAGGAAUGACAAGAUUGAGUUUUUGGUGGGCUGUAUCGCAGAGCUUUCCGAAAGUGAAGAAAACAUGCUACUUCGGCAUGGUGAAAAUGAUUUCAGUGUGAUGUAUUCCACAAGGAAGAACUGUGCUCAGCUGUGGCUUGGACCUGCUGCAUUCAUUAACCAUGACUGCAGGCCAAACUGUAAGUUUGUUUCCACUGGUCGAGACACCGCCUGUGUGAAGGUUCUAAGGGAUAUUGAACCUGGGGAAGAAAUUUCAUGUUACUAUGGGGAUGGCUUCUUUGGGGAGAACAAUGAAUUCUGUGAGUGCUACACUUGUGAAAGACGUGGCACAGGUGCUUUUAAAUCUAAAGCUGGACUCCCAGUACCUGCUCCCUUAAUAAAUAGCAAAUACGGUCUGAGAGAAACAGACAAACGCUUGAACAGACUUAAGAAGCUGGGAGAAAGCAGUAAGAACUCGGACAACCAGUCAGUCACAUCCCACACUGAUGCAGAUAACACUCAGGAAAAAUCCAAUGCACAUUCAUCUGCAAAAAAGAAGUCUUUAGUGAGCAUGAAGAAGUUCAGCAAAAGCAGAACGAGGCAGUCUAUAUCAAGGACCUCCAGUUCUACCUCAUCUUCUAAACAAAGUCAUAUAAAUAAUUCCAGGGUACCAAAGAGAUUAAAAUCCAAGCCUACAAAGCCUUUGCUGUCAAAACUUCGGUUAAGAAGUCAAAGUCGCAGACCAGAGCCGAAAACAUCUUCCAGAAAACUUGAUGUGGAGAGUUUGGUUCUUAAGGAGCCUAAAGUUGUUCUUUUCAAAGUCAAAAAAGACAGAGAGGGAUCGGGACCAGGCAGGAUGGAAAGUUCAAGCGGGUGCUUGACGAGGCAUGCUGCAAAAGAAAAUAAACCCAACUCUGUGAAAGGUGCUACUGUGUAUGAUGGAACUUUAUCUUGCACUUACAGUACUAGGAGGUCUUCAAGAACUAGAGUUACUCCCAGGACCUCCCACACAAAGCUUGAGCCAAAUAACUUAGACCGUCUUAAUGACCAUGAUUUGAUAGUCAAGAAUGAGGAACCUUUGAACUUUGAAGAGCACAUGUGCAGGGUGCAAGAAAUGAACCUGCAUAACUCUUUGCCUCAGCUGGAGAACUGCCAGGGAAAUGGAGUCUGUUUACGGAGGAGGAGACUGCAACGGAUAAAAACUGAAAGAUCUGUUCAACAGGAUAAGGGUACUUGUCCCGAGAAGUGUAUUCCGGAGACAGUGCCUGACUUAAUUAGCCCACCAUGUGCAAGUGACAUCAACAGCUGUGGGAAAAUGCUGUUGAAUCUGCCCAGUAGGCAUCAGGAUUGUAAUGGGGCCCCCAAUGGUGGAACAAUAAUCACUGUUGACAAAAAUAAGGAGGGAUACCGGACAAUUGGCAAAGGGAAGAAGAAACGAAGAAUCACACGCUACGAUGCACAGUUAAUUCUUGAAAACAGCUCUGGUAUUCCUAAGCUGACUUUACGAAGGCGCCGCGAUAGUAGCAGCAGCAAAACCAACGACCCAGAAGCCGACGUGGUCAAAUCUUCAAAAAUUAGCAUCAAAUUUAGUAAGGAUCAUGAAAAAGACAAAAGCAGUUCAUAUGUAGCAAAAAUUAACAAUGGUUUUAACACUGGAGCCAGCAGCAACCCGACCAAAUUUAAAAUCCAUUUAAAACGAGAGGAGGACGAGAGACGAGGCUCUCAGCUCCAUGCUGAGGAGGUUGCCGAAAUCGGCGUGUCCUUGGACAAGCGAGGGGAAAAGUUUGACCAUGCAGGCCAUGGAGAGGCAAAUGCAGGGGACAAUUUUUCCUCAGCAGAGGACGAGGACGAAGAUGAGGAAUUUGACGAUGACUUCAUUCCCCUUCCUCCAGCAAAACGUCUGAGACUCAUUGUUGGGAAAGAUUCUAUAGAUAUUGACAUUUCCUCUCGACGGAGAGAAGAUCAGUCUUUGAGACUAAAUGCUUAAGACCUAACGCUCUUUAUAAUUUGUGUACAUAAAAGAGAAUUCUCCAAUCAGCUGUUUGUUGAUAAGAAUUGAAAAGAAAAUCAACAAAAAGACUUUCCUGUAAAUUUUAGUGAUGGCACUUGUUUAUUCAUUAUCAACAUAAAUAUUGUAGAAAGUGUACAGUAUAUUAACUCUUCCUAUGUCUGAUCUGUGCAGAUUUUUAUUGUACUUUUUAAUAGCCUUAUUAUGUGCAAUUCUCAAUUCUUUCGGGAGCCCUGGCUCUGUUGUAGAAUAAAGGCUAAAACAGAAAUAUCCAGUAAUCCAUUUCUAGUUAAAACAGUGGAGACCCAAGGAUGUUGUGACCCCAGAACAUGAGAACUGACCACAAGGCCUCAGUUUCUUGUUACAGCGGCAAGUGCAGUUUACUUAUUCUUUUGUUUUAUUUAAUUUUUUUAUUUUUUAACACGUGCUCAUAUCACCAGCAACAGACUGCAGCUCCGCUUUCAGCUACUUGGCUAAAUGUUUUGCCCCUUGAGUCUGUCCACUUGACACUGUAUGCUGUCUCAAAUGUACUGUUUGUGGUCUUUGUUAGUAGCCAGCUAUUGGUUGGGAUUCCAAUUGAAUUAUUUAAAAAAAUAUAUAUAUAAAUAUAUAUAUAUUUGUGAAUAGUUUGCUGACAUUUUUAGAGCAUUAUGUGUGAAAGGGUAGCCGUAUACAGAAUAAAGACAAAAAAAAAAAAAAAGUACAGGCAAUGCCAGUGUUGCCCACCUUGUAAAUCAUGUGAACACCUUGUACUUAUUUAACAGUUUUGAAUACUUGAAGGAGAUAAAAACUUUCUUUGCAAGAA